AUGGACAAGCACAAGUAUCGUGUAGAGAUCCAGCAGAUGAUGUUUGUCUUUGGAGAGACGAACGAUCCGCCGGUUGAGACUACGUCGUUGAUUGAGGAUAUUGUUCGAGGACAGGUGAUGGAAAUUCUGCUUCAGGCUACCAAGACCGCUCAGGCACGCAACAGCAAGACGAUCUUGCCGGAAGAUGUGAUUUUCUUAAUCCGGCACGAUAAGGCCAAGGUUAAUCGUUUGAGAACUUAUCUGCUAUGGAAGGACCUGCGAAAAAACGCCAAGGACCAGGACGCUGUUGCUGCAGGAUCUAGCUCGGGUGGACCGGGAGAUGAGGAAGAAAAGAAGGGUGCGGCAGAAAAGGAUGACAAGGACGGUGGAAAUGUGAUGAAAGUGAGGAAAUCGCAGAUCAAGCUGCCAUGGGAUCUUCAAUUCAUGUUCAAUGAACAGCCGUUGGAAAAUAACGAUGAUGAUGAGGAACUUGAUGAAGAUGAAAGAGAGGCAAAUCUAGCGACUUUGAAGAAACUGAAGAUGGCCGAUGAUCGUACAAAGAACAUGACCAAAGAAGAGUAUGUACAUUGGUCGGAUUGUCGUCAAGCCAGUUUCACAUUCAGGAAGGCAAAAAGAUUCAAGGACUGGUCAGGUAUUUCGCAGCUGACCGAUAGUAAGCCGCACGACGAUGUUAUUGAUAUACUUGGGUUUCUGACGUUCGAAAUCGUGUCUUCCUUGACAGAGGCUGCGCUCAAGAUCAAGAAACAUGAGCAAAGGCUGCAAUUACAGAAGGAUGAACUACAACAAAAUGGCUCGGAUUUCAAUUUCGAAGUCACAAAAAUGCACCGAAAGAAAAGGCUUUUCGAUGGCCCUGACAACGUUGUAAAUCCUUUAAAGAGGAAACAUGUGGAAGAGGCGUGGCGCACACUCCAGACUAUCGAUAUGAAACAUAGGGCUUUGACAAACUUCAGAGGUGGCAGGUUCAGUUCUCGACCGAUCAUUAUGUAA